AUGCCAAUAAAUUGUGAAUUCAACUUAUCGCGUGCCGCUGCUGUUUAUUACACCGGCGAGCGAGUUUCGGGUUCACUCACUGUGACAGUCGCCGGGAAAAAAAAUGCCAAAUUAGAGGGCGUGAGUGUCACUCUCCACGGAGUCUCGACGGUUCACUGGCGGGAAUCCCUGCGAGGAGCGCCGGAAAUCGAGCACAAUGACAGCACCGGAAACCUGGAGUGCGCCAAAGUGGAUUACAGCGGCAGCAAGGUGCACGUAAAUCAAACAAAAAGGUUGACCGAAGCCAUUCGCCUGCAGCCUGGCACCUUCCCACUGGGUGACUUCGAGUUUCAGCUGCCUGAAAACCUGCCAGCCAGCUGCAGGCUUCCCUUUGGCAGUGUGGACUAUGUGCUGAAGGUCGUACUCGAAAGAAGGGGCACACAUAACAAAUGCUUCCAGCAGCGAUUGGUGGUACGCAGGUGUCUGGAAUUCGGCGAUCUCAAGCCCCAGUACCUGGAGACUUCGAAUGUGGCCCUUGCACUGCCGCGAAGUGUGUUUGUGCCGGGCCAAAGUGUGAGCUAUGAAAUCUAUGCCAAGGAUGCAGUGCAGGACUUCCUUACCCGCUUGUGCAGCCAAAUCAGCUACACUAGUCAGCGGCCAAAUGCCAAAACCAAGACCAGGACACAAGUGUUGGCCGAGAGCUCGGAACUGAGUGGCAGUCUUCGGCUGCCCCUUACAGCCCCCAUUAUGAGUGCCUCAGAUCAGCUGGAACACAUACAAAUCAGUUAUUACAUUGAGACAUUCAACUUCCCGAAUGCCCCAAUCAAGCUGCCCAUUUUCGUGGCCACUGCUGCACCCCCCGUAAAUUCUUCUUUGGAAGCGUCCGAACUUUGCUUCGUAAAUAUGGCCCUGAGCCACGGCGAGCUGCUUAGGCCAGUUAAUCAGUUUCUGGCCCACAGCUGUUCCCGGGAACUGGACGGCUUGGCGCUGAACAAACACUGUGAACGCAUCAAGUUGCUCAAAGGCCCGAAGAGAAAACAGUCGUACGUGCAAUUAGCAUUGAAAUUCUUUUUUAGGAAAGUGCUACCCUGACACGUGCCGAGUCUGGAAUUUCAGUGCAAGCUACUGAAAACUGUAGAAUUCUCUGUAAUUGAACUUGAAAUGCGUAAGUAAACAAACGAAUGGGUUCGAUGGUUACUAUUUACAUAAAAAACUUAGAAUUCACCGCAAUUGAACUUGAAAUGCGUAAGCCAAACAAACAAAUGGAUGGUGGAACUAUUGACUAACAUGUAAAAACGUUUAUAGCUUUUACUACCCAAUAAAGUUGAGCAAGCUAU